CCCGCCCGCGCUCCAGUCCGCCGUGUCUAGCAGCGGGGCCCAGCAUGGUCAUGGCGGAUGGCCCGAAGCACUUGCAGCGCGGGCCGGUCCGGGUGGGGUUCUACGACAUCGAGGGCACGCUGGGCAAGGGUAACUUCGCUGUGGUGAAGCUGGGGCGGCACCGGAUCACCAAGACGGAGGUGGCGAUAAAAAUAAUUGAUAAAUCUCAGCUGGAUGCAGUGAACCUUGAGAAAAUCUACCGAGAAGUACAAAUAAUGAAAAUGUUAGACCACCCACACAUCAUCAAACUUUAUCAGGUAAUGGAGACCAAAAAUAUGUUGUACCUUGUGACAGAAUAUGCCAAAAAUGGAGAAAUUUUUGGUAAGUAUUUACUAUUCUUUAAAUUUGUUUUUAAUUUGAAAAUGUCACUAAUCUUCAUGAAUGGAAUAUUUCCUAUUGACUUUCCUGCUUGUUUAAGAGUUGGCAACAUGAACUAGAAAUUUUUAAGCAUUACAAUAUAAUAAA